CGCUUCACCAUUCCCGGCGCCAUCCCGGGAGAUUCGUUCCAACCGUCAUGGCGGUUCCCAACCCGUGGGACCCGGCCUGCGCGUCCAACGCAGCUGGCCUGCUGCUGAACCAGUUGGUGACUUCAGGGAUGGUCACUGAGGAAAUGUUAAAUAUGUCCAAGAAAACAGCUCCUUGCUUUGAGAAUUUCUCCAGAUUACAGCAGAUCAAUAAUAUUCAAGCUGAAAUCUACCAGAAAAGCCUGGAAAUUGAGCUUCUGGAACUAGAAAAAGAGUCAGCAGAUGUUAUUCAUCCUUUCUAUUUGACUCAAAAGUGUCAGACUCUGCAAAGCAUGAAUAGCCAUUUAGAAGCUGUGCUAAAAGAGAAGAGGUCCCUGAGGCAAAGACUGCUGAAGCCCAAGUGCCAGGAAAACUUACCUCUGGAAGCUGUUUAUCACAGACACAUGGUAUGUUUGCUGGAAUUGGCUGUGACUUUUAUUGAGAAACUGGAAACCCAUCUUGAAAUAAUUAGAAAUAUUCCUCAUUUAGAUGCAAAUCUAAAGAAAAUGAGCCAGGCUUUAGCCAAGAUGGACAUUUUGGUGAAUGAGACAGAAGAACUUGCAGAAAAUAUACUCAAGUGGCGAGAAAAACAAAAGGAAGUUUCCUUGAGUAUCCCCAAAGUACUAGCUGAAGAAAAUCAUCUUCAUAAACUGGCUUUAUAGUAUCUUGUACUUCUAAAGUUCAUGCUCAAAGUAUUGAUACCAAGUGAUUAUCCACUUUAUUUUUGCUGAAUUGUAUAUAGUCAUACAAGGUCAAUUUCUAGUUAACUGUGACAUGGAUAUUUAUAGAAUUUGCUGAUGGAAAUAUUGGAAUACCAAGAUUUAGGUUCAUUUUGUUUUUUCUAUAUGUUUAUAUUCUGUUCUUCAGUAAUGGAGAUCUAACUUAGUUAUGAUAAUUAAAAAGUAAAUUAACCAUU